GCUACUUCCCGUUGUUUAUGCCAACUCGCUAGCGUUGGCUAAUUUAUCCAUCAACUGAUCAUCAAAAUAUUAGUCGUGCUCUUGUAACUAGCCAGUUAUAUAGCUGUAUGUUUCGCUCGCAUGUUUGUGUUAAGAAUUGCAAACGUAGCAGCUAACAUUUAUGCCGUUUUAUACUAGUUAUGUUUGCAGAUAUAUUCUCUAAAUAACGUUACCGUUAUAAUAUCCUCAGGCAGUGGUUUGCGCUAGCUACGCUUACUCUUACAGUCUUCGCUUUUCGACCACUUAUUAAUUGCACGUUUUAUUUUAGCUUUAUUAUAACUAGCUAUACAUUUCCUUUGUAUUUAAUCGCCCGUGGCAUUCAAGCGCGAGUAAUAUUAUUCAUAGUUAUUAGCAAGCUAGGUGACUAGCGAGGUUACUUUGAAAAGCAUCCAUUUUGAGAUUGAUACAUGAUUGACCAGAAAGCUGACUAACUGUAAUUCCUAAAGGUCCAUGUAUGCUCCCCAAUAAAAAUACAUCUGUCUGAUGCGUGGAUUAUUGGGUUGCUUAGAAACCUAAAUGUAUUAGCUAGCUAUUAUUUCAGAAUCACGAUCAUUUGGCGUCUAGUUUUGUUUCCUGUUUGGCGAUKGGGAUUUAGACCUCCUCUUCCUCUGUCCUCGAUGCCAACAAAAACAGCCGCGGAAGAAGCAGAAGAAAAGAGUGCACUUGGUAGUAAUUGGUGACUUAUCAGAGGAGGAUAAUGGCCAAAGAUGUUGGUCUGAUGGAAACCAAUGGAGAAUUGAAGGUUUUCAUUGACCAGAAUCGGAGUCCCAGUAAAGGUGUCCUGUCUCUGGUUGCUGUCCAUCCUGUGUCAAUCCCCAUGGCCAAACAACUGCUGCCUAAAACCCUGGGGCCCUCCAAUGUCAACAUUGCUCCACACAUGGUGAUUGGUACGCCCCAGAGGCCCAGUGUUUCCAGUGCCAUACUUGUGAACAGCCCUCAAACACCCAACUCCCAGUUCCUCACACAGAGCCAGCCGGCCGACGCGUCGCCAUGGUCCUCGGGGAAGCGUGGUAAGAAGGGGGAGAAGAAUGGCAAGGGCCUGAGACAUUUCUCCAUGAAGGUGUGUGAGAAGGUGCAGAAGAAAGGUGUGACCACCUACAACGAGGUGGCAGACGAGCUGGUGGCAGAGUUCAGCGCUGCAGACAACCACAUCUCCCCCAACGACUCACAUGUGUACGACCAGAAGAACAUCCGACGGCGUGUGUACGACGCGCUCAACGUGCUCAUGGCCAUGAACAUCAUCUCUAAAGAGAAGAAAGAGAUCAAGUGGAUUGGUCUGCCUACCAACUCAGCCCAGGAGUGCCAGAACCUAGAGGUGGAGAGACAAAGGCGACUGGAGAGAAUCAAGCAGAAGCAGUCACAACUCCAAGAGCUCAUAUUACAGCAAAUAGCCUUUAAGAACCUGGUGCAGCGGAACAGACAGACGGAACAGCAGGCCAACAGACCUCCGCCCCCCAACUCUCUCAUCCACCUCCCCUUCAUCAUCAUCAACACCAGCAAGAAGACAGUCAUCGACUGCAGCAUCUCAAAUGACAAGUUUGAGUACCUGUUUAACUUCGACAACAUGUUUGAGAUCCACGACGAUAUUGAGGUGCUGAAGCGCAUGGGCAUGGCCUGUGGCCUGGAGGUGGGCAAAUGUUCCCCGGAGGACCUGAAGGUGGCKCGCAGCCUGGUMCCCAAAGCCCUGGAGCCCUACGUCACAGAGAUGGCCCAGGGUCCCAUCAGUAACGUCUACAUCACUGGAGGAUCCUCCACCAACGGGCGGCGCCAUCACGGCCAGGGCAGUGACAGCGGUGCAGAUGGUCCKCUGGCCUCCAGCUCUAAUGACUCUCACUACAGCAGCUCCCGUGUUGAGACCCCUGUGUCYUACAUGGGGGAUGAUGACGAGGAGGACGACUACGAUGAGAACGACGAUGAAGAUUAACUUUCUGCCGCGCCAAGCCUCUCGAACAAGCAGUCUGUCUCUUUUUCUCGCCCUCUCUCUCUCUCUCUGAGUAUCUCUCUGAGUAUUUCUCCCCCUUCCGAGUAUCUCUCUCUCUGUAAGGGGCGUUGAAGAAUGUUUUUCUGGGUAUGAAGGGUGUGCAGCCCUCUUCUCCUCAGAGGGGGUGGUCCUGAAUCACAUGAUGCACAUUGMCUCUCUGGGAAGUGUAGUCUAUGGCUUUGGCACUGCUGCAGCAUUUCUCUGUCUAUUAUCACCCUCUUCUUGGCAAGCCACCCCGCUGGAGAAUAAAGGGAAAAUAAACAUCUUCCAGACAACCCACUGCUGUUGGAGAAUAGUGUUCCUUGUGUGUGAAAUAGUUAGCUUUGUUAUGUUUUGAUUUUUUUUGGACAGACUCAAUGGUGAACCACUGUUUCAAGAUGGCUGCCAGUGCAACUGUCCCCAGACCGCUGGCUCAGAGACACUCACUGGAUCCAAAAUGUCCGGUUUAGUCGCCACAACGCCCUAAGAAAGUUUGGGACUGSCUUUCGAAAGUGUGGACACUGUUUUGUUAUCCCCCUCUUUUGUGGCAUUGAUAUCAAUGGGCUGGUGUGUUGGGCUAGCUUCCUCUCAUUCUGUAGGCAGCUGCUUUUCUGGUCCUUAUUUGUUUAAGUUUUGGA